UGCAAAAUUGAACUUUUUUUGCUUCUUCUUGAUUUAAAGUUCAAAAGCUCCUUGUUAUAGAUUGCAUGAAGAUGUGUGACAAAGAGAUGGAAUGAUGAUGGCUUCGAACAAUGGAAUGAAAUUAUUUGCCUCCACUGUAUCACUUCUUCCCCUGUCUGCAUGCUCUUUGGACUAAGCUACAGACAUAAAAGUUUCCUUUUGCUUGUGCUCCAAUUAUGGCUCAAAAAAUCAAAGUCGUGCUGGUUUCAGGGAUUGUUCUUUACUUUGCUUCAAUUUUCCUAUUCAAUGAUCCCAAUUGUUCUUUACAUUCCUCAAGAUUUACAAGUACCCCACAAUUUGGUCAUGAUUCUAUUCCUACAAAUCUUAGCCAUCUUCUUUUUGGACUUCUUGGCUCUCAAGAAGCAUGGCACUAUAGGAAAGAAUACAUUGAAUCAUGGUGGAGGCCAAAUAAAACGCGCGGUUAUCUCUUUCUUGAUGUGGCUCCAAAGGGCGACGAUCUUUUGCCAUGGUCCUCGUUUUCCCCUCCUUAUAGAGUAUCCGAUAACAUCACUCAAUUACUUGAAGAAACUAAACAUGUCGCGCCAACUAUGGCUCGAAUGGUGCAUGGGAUAAUGGAGGUCUUUAGGGAGGAACACGAAGGCGUGAGAUGGGUAGUUAUGGGAGAUGAUGAUUCGGUAUUUUUUGUGGAUAAUAUUGUUGAUGUUCUUGUGCAAUAUGAUCACACGAAAUAUUACUAUUUAGGGGGUCAAUCAGAGUAUUUAUUGUCGAAUUAUUGGUACUCAUUUAAUCAAGCUUUUGGUGGAGCUGGAUUUAUUUUGAGUUACCCUUUGGCAAAAGCAAUGUCUAAGUAUGUAGAAAGUUGCUUGAGGAGAUAUCCUUUCUUGAGAUCUGCUGAUCAAAUAACUAUGGUUUGCAUAUCUGAUGUUGGAGUCACUCUUACUCCUCUUAAAGGUAGUCACCAGAUAGAUUUGCGCGGUGAUAUAUCUGGUUUAUUAUCAUCCCAUCCAAAAGCUCCUUUGAUGUCUCUUCACCAUCUAGAUGCCGCAGACCCUAUUUUCCCUUCAAUGGACAGACUUCAAUCAGUAAGCCACCUUAUGAAGGCGGCCAAGUUAGAUCAAUCUCGCCUGUUACAACAAGUUAUCUGCUACAACAGGCCUAGCAAUUGGUCAUUUUCUAUUUCAUGGGGUUACUCGGUACACAUUUAUGAGAACAUUUUGCCUAGGAGCCAUUUACAAUUACCUAUUGAAACAUUUCAACCUUGGGGAGUUACUCCUAAAGACCCUCCAUAUUACUUGUUAAAUACAAGGUUCCCUACAAAUGACUCUUGUGAAGCUCCUCAUGUUUUCUUCAUGGAAAAUGUAGAGAAAACGAAGAAAAAUGAAAUCCUUACUACGUAUUCGCGGUCAUCGCCUCGAGGAUUGUUGGCUUGUUCAUACAGUGGUAACCAUUCUGCAGAAUAUAUCUCCAAGAUUGAAGUCUACUCUCCAAGAAGGAAACGAAUAGAGAUGGACAGAUGCGAGUGUUGUGACGUGAUGCACAAAAGAGGCACCAACAAGGCAAAGGUUAAACUCAGGGAAUGUCAUAUGGAUGAGAUAAUUGCUUAGUGAAAUAUUUUGAACUUUUUCUUUUCUCUCUUUUUU